AUGGUCGGCACCGCACUAGUGAGCAUGUACGGCAGGUGCGGAUGCGUUGACGCCGCCACCGCCGCCUUCCGUGCGAUGCUCGUCCGCAACCUCGUCUCGUGGAACGCCGUCAUCGCCGCAAAUGCCCAGAACGGGCACGGCGCGUCGGCGGUGCUGCUGUUCCGGGAGAUGAGCCUCGAGGGUGUAAAGCCCAACAGCGUGACGCUCGCGAGCGCGCUAGAGGGCUGUGCGUUUGCGGGGGCGCUGCAGCAGGGGAGGACAAUCCACACACUCAUGGUAGGCGGCGCCGCCCCGUUGACCUCCGAGUCUGGGGUCGUGCUGUGGACCUCGCUCCUCAACAUGUACGCGAAAUGCGGCACAGUCAACGACGCCGAGGGCAUUUUCCACAGCAUGGCGUGUAGAAAUAUCAUCACUUGGAAUACUCUUCUCGCGGCAUAUGCCCAGCGUGGGCAUGUGUGCGAGGUGGUGGACACCUUUGCCCUCAUGCAACAGGAGGGUAUCGGCGCAAACCCUAUCACCUUUGUCAAUGUUCUCUACGCCUUCAGCCAUGCGGGGCUGCUGGAGCCGGCGGUGAAGUGCUUUGGAUCGAUGCUUCCAGAGUAUGGGAUCCAACCGGACGUGGAGCACUUCGGAUGCCUGGUCGAUCUCAUGGGCCGUGCGGGCUGGCUCAACGAGGCCGAGGACGUGAUCAAGCUCAUGCCUCUCAAGGACGACGCCGUGUGGCUCGCGCUUCUCAAUGGCUGCAAGAUGCACCACGAUUCCCAGCGCGGGGCUCAAGCAGCGGGCAAGGUCUUCAACAUGGAGCUCAAGGAUUCGGCGCCGUACGUGCUGCUCUCCAGCAUUCACUCAAGGGGUCGCUCCCCGUCACAGUCACCGUCAGGGGUGGCUGUCGCCCUGGCCCGCGACAAGGUGACGUGGCACUGGAGAGCACUCCUUCUACCAACCGGCCGGUCAGUGCCAGCCAGGAAUCUCAAUUUCUUGCUUUCCCGGCACCGGUAA